AUUAUACAAAAAAGCAAUUAGCAUUAGUAUAUUGCAAAGGAGUUUAUCCCUAUGACUAUAUCGAUUCUCAUGAUAGGUUUCAGAAGACAGAACUUCCUCCCAUUCAUGAAUUUUAUAGUACUCUUAAAG